CCCCGAUGUGAGGGGCCACUUCCCCCACCCCCGGCAUGAAGAAAGCAAAGAACUGCGCCUGGGGGAGGGGGCGGGCGCAUGCCCUCCUACAGGUCUGGCUGCCUGCCCGCCUCUCCUCCGGGCAGCAGCCGGGACAAUCCCGGCGGGAGGGCGGCUCGCACAGUGGGUAGGCAAAGUUCAGCGGCGAGACGCCGAAGCCAAACCCAGCCCCUGGCCGGGGGAGGAUCGGAACGGGAGCUGCAGACAGGGAUUGGUAACAGCAGACACAAACUUUCCCCUCCAAGGCGAAGCAGCCUUUGCAGCGGCGGCGGCGGGGGGAAGGAAACGCGCCCGCUCCCUUAGCAUGGGCCCCUGGGAGCUGCUGCAGCUCUGCACCUACGGCCUAGCCAUCGUCACGGCUCUGCUCCUCUGGGCGGCGUGCGCCCGCGGCAGGAGACGAAGGAGGACCGGAGAACCCCCGUUAAUAAAUGGUUGGAUUCCUUUCAUUGGGAAGGCCUUAACUUUUAGGAAAGAUGCUUUCAAAUUCUUGAUAUCUCAGCAACGAAAAUUUGGAGAUGUUUUCACUGUACACAUUGCUGGUAGAUAUAUUACCUUUAUCAUGGACCCAUUCCAGUAUGUUUAUGUGAUCAGAAAUAGCAAGCAACUUGAAUUUUAUGAAUUUGCUGAUAAAAUGGCAUCAAGAACUUUUGGCUAUCCCUCUUUGUCAAAUUUCCCAAACCUAAACGAAAAUCUGCAUCGAAUUUACCAAUAUCUGCAAGGCAAGCCUUUGGACAUAAUUUCUGACCACAUGAUGAAAAAUCUCCAGCAUAUAUUUGAAUGGAAAUGCUCACAAGCAACAGAUUGGAAAACAGAAAAAAUGUACAAGUUCUGCAGCUUUCUAAUGUUUGAAGCCAGUUUUAUAACACUAUAUGGAAGAGAUCCUGCUGCAGAUGGCCACAAUGUUAUUAGUGAAAUCAGAGACAAAUUUACCAAGUUUGAUGCCAACUUUCCCUAUUUAGUUGCAAACAUACCAAUUGAGUUGCUAGGAGUUACCAAGAAGAUUCGGAAGGAGCUUAUACAUCAUUUUUUACUUCGGAACAUGGCAAAAUGGAUGGGAGGGUCAGAAGUGAUCCAAGCCAGAAAAGAUACAUUAGAGAAAUAUGAGCUGCUCCAAGAUUAUGACAAAGCAGCACAUCAUUUUGCCUUCCUGUGGGCCUCUGUGGGAAACACGAUUCCAGCUACAUUCUGGGCCAUGUAUUAUCUUCUGCGGCACCCAGAAGCUCUUGCAGUGGUGCGUGACGAAAUUGACCAUUUGCUGCAGUCAACAGGUCAAAAGAAAGGGCCUGGAUAUACCAUCCACCUCACCAGAGAACAAUUGGACAACCUGGUCUACCUAGAGAGUGCUUUAAACGAGAGUUUACGAAUGUGCUCGUCUUCCAUGAACAUUCGGAUCAGCCAAGAGGAUUAUAUUCUCAAGCUUGGAGGAAAUCAGGAAGUCAGUUUGAGGAAAGGAGACUGGAUCGCUCUUUACCCUCAAAUUUUGCACAUGGACCCUGAGGUCUAUGAAGAUCCUGAGGUGUAUAAGUUUGAUCGUUAUAUAGAGAAUGGCAAGAAGAAAACCACCUUCUACAAGGGGGGAAGAAAGCUGAAAUACUUUCUUAUGCCUUUUGGCUCUGGAAUCAGCAUGUGUCCUGGCAGGUUCUUUGCAAUGAAUGAAAUGAAGCUGUUUCUGAUUUUAUUCUUGGCUCACUUUGACAUAGAACUAGUGGAAAAGAAGCCCAUAGGGCUCAACAACAGUCGUAUGGGCCUUGGUAUCCUCUUGCCAGACUCUGAUAUUGCCUUUCGUUACAAGAUAAGGUCUUUUUAGAAAAGUAAACUGCCUAUUGCAGACUUCCCACUAAUCUCACUUUUUUGCUGUUUCCUGGCUGCGUAUUUUCUUUUUAGACAUGUUUGCUUUUUCCUGUUCUGCUUUCAUCUCUCUCCUACUUCUGUAUGUUUAAGUGAAGAGAGAGUAAUGCUAAAUGUCUUAGGGCUGGAGGAUCACCUCCACAGACACGAAAGCAGGAGUGGCUGGAAAUUGAUAAGGGGGCAUGGAAGAAAGCAGCAACUCUGAGACGUUCACCCUGCACACAGGGCUGGCUCCAGGGUUUUGGCCGCUCCAAGCAGCCAAACAAACAAACAAACAAAAAAGCCGCGAUCGUGAUCUGCGGCGGCAAUUCGGCGGGAGGUCCUUCGCUCCGAGUGGGAGUGAGGGACCGUCCGCCGAAUUGCCGCCGAACAGCUGGACGUGCCGCCCCUCUCCGGAGUGGCCGCCCCAAGCACCUACUUGGUAAGCUGGUGCCUGGAGCCGGCUCUGCCUGCACAAUACCCUGAGCCAAUAGAAGUCAUUAGCUGCCAUUCCACACUACACCCUCUCUGCUGAGGGGGAAGUAUCGCAAUCGGGGUAGCCAGUGGCCGCAUGCCUUUGUAACCCACAUGAACCCAAUGUGGGCCUCUGUCCCCCUCUAGUGGCUGGACCACAUGAGAGAGUUUUGUCCCCUCUGCUGCCCUGGUGCUAAUAUAUCUGGGCCUUUAACUCAGCUCGUAGAGGCUCAGCCGUUUAGAUGUAAAGGUCUUGGGUGCAAUCCCACAGACAGUUGACCCAUCUGGAGGUGCCAUUACACCUACUCAAGAAAACAUGCUGCCCAAAAAUAAAGGGGACCUGGAGAGCAGGUGGCAGAGAAAGAGGACUUUUUUUAUUCCCACCAUCCCCAAACCCCUUUCCCCUCAGCACAGCAGUCACUAAAACUGCGCAAAAUCUGUCUUGCUGGUUUCCUGGGCCCACUUUCCUCUCUGAUGGAUUUUACUCUGGGAGGGUCCAGUGUGACCUUUGAUGACCCCCAAAAUUUAUGAUGCACAGUGAGUGUUCCAUUGGCCCCUCUUUCAUCCAGGCAUCCUUGCACUAAAGAAAAGCCUUGGAGAAAAAUACUAGUGUUUUUGUUUAGAAGACCAACCCCAAUGAAGUGUUGGAUGGGGCUCCUGGGAGCCCUUUCUUAAAUUAUACUGCCAAAUGGAAAGGAGAGUGAAUUGCUAUCAAUGGAGCUAACUUUUAAAUUCCCAUGGUGAGUAUCUCCUCAGAUCCCUCUCAUCCCUCCCCUCCACCCCGCAAAAAACAGAAAGUAACCUCCACCCCAUUUCAAAUCACACAGCAUGAACACUGUUCUACACAAUCAAUAUAUUCUGUAUAUUUUUCAGGAACAAAAAUAUAAACAAUUCCAUCAAAUGCAUUUACUGGUAAAUUGUUCACCUAGUGGUGCUGCCCCUGUCUUGGUUAUGGCUAUUUUCAUGUAAAUAGAAAAACAAAUGAAUAGGUCCUUCUGCCAUCUGCUCCCUAAGAAAUCCAACCUCUGGUACCUGGGGUUUAUCACAGGCUAAGGGGGUUAUGACUUGUAGGAGUGUCUUGUUAUCAUCCUGGCAGCAUUUCACUGGCUUAGGAGUACUUUUUAAAUUCAACAGUUUGUUACUUAUGCAAUAUGAAUCAGUAACCUGAAUCUACUACUGUAUUAGGGCCUGAUUCAAACCCUAUUAGAAUCAGUGGGAAGCUUUUGUUGACUUUAAUAGGGUUUGAAUCAGGCCCAUACUGUCUACUGAUUUAUCUGAGCCACAGCACUACAUUAGUUCAUAUUUAAUGUGAGCCUGUUUAAAAUGACACCAUCAUCUUAAAAAUGAGACUUUGGCCUACUAGCAUUACCAGUAAUGUUAUGGAGUAUUACACUUGAAAGAGAUUAGAGAAGAAAACAGAAUUGUUUGGCUUGUUUACUUUGUGGAUUUGACAUCACUUUGUAUUUGCCAGUUUCUCCUGUUGUCUUUCUCACACACACACACACACACAAACACACACACACACUUUUCAAACUCUAGAAAAAUAUGAUUGCAAAACCACAAAAAUUGGCAGGAGGAUUCAAGGACAAAAGUUUCGUACUAAAACUACUUUUAACUUGUUUUUAAAAAGAUGACUAAUUUUCAAGUUGAUGGUGUCAUUUAAUCUGUGUUUAGAACUAGAAUACUAUACCUACAAAUUGUGAAGUAGUCUGUAUCACUGACUCCUGUUUAAGAUAACUUUAACACCACAUUCCUGAUGGUUCUAAAGACAGUUAAAGUGCUAGGAAUUUGAGUGAAACUCUGUGUGAUUAAGACAAUUUUUUAGAAAUCUAAAAGCGGGAUUUAUUUACAGAGAGGUGGCUUCUAAUGAAUGCCAUUUUUCCCUAGUCUUUUACAUAUUUAAAAGCUGUGGCCUACUUAAUGUUGUGGUACUUAAAGAAUAUUGCUGUUGUACAAGAAGCUAACAACUUCAGCCUCAUGCAUAUCCUACAGAUUCUGGAAAUUCUCCCCACAUCAAUUAUACACAGUUUCUUACUGAUGCUACGAGCCUGCUCUUUGCCAUUCGCCUUAUGUGGUAACCACAUACAACUAUAUAAAUGAGCUGUGGACUGAUCUUAGGGAGAGCUGAGCUAGUUGUAAGUGGGACCCGAGGGUUCUGCUUCAUAAAUAAGCUCCUCAUUCCUGAGUACUCAUGCAGAUCGUAGGCCCCUCAUUCCCUUUUUUUCUCUCCCCAGCUGGAGACAGGGCCAGAAAGCCAGAAGUCACUUCAUGUGAGCAGUACCUGCCCUGAAGAAGUGCUCCAGCAUACAAUUAUCAUUUAUAGAAGUUAGACUGGAAAGAGGUUGGAGAGCCAUGUCAGCACAUAAAUUGCUAGUUUGGGGAACCAACCUCUGCUCGGUCCCACACCAGAUUUGCAUUGGUCUCUGUAGUUGCAAAGCUAAUUUACUGUUUUAGCUACAUGGAUGGGAGCAGAGACAAAAUUUGUCCCAUAACCAUUUAUAGACACACGCCUGAGUAGUAAUUAGUGACUCAUGCAGAGUCAAAGAACACAAAGGAAAUUGUGGAACGUUAUCUCAGUGUUCUUUGAACAAGUAAUUUAGAACUAAAUUCCCAAGCGUUCAUUCAUUUUUAGUGCCUCCUUUUUUAAGUGCCCUAAAUUGACAGCACCCAGGGCUUAGUGUUCGGAGAUGCUGAGCACCCACAACUUCACUUGAGCUCCAUGGAAGCUGCAGAUGCUCUGAAAAUUUUGAAAAGUAGGCCAAAGGUGUCUCCAUCCAAUUGAGCACCAAAGCUAGUGGACAUUUUUUUUUAAAGUAAGCCUUAAUUUCUCUGUGCCUCGGUCUUCCUCAUCUUUAAAAUGGGGAAAAUCUUUCCCCUCUUUUAAAGCACUUAAAGACCUAUGGAUGAAAAGCAUUAUGUAAAUACUAAGGAUUAGUAUUAUUUGUUGUUUAUGCCUGAGGCCAUUUAAUUAUUCAUGUAAACUAUAUACCCCAAAUCAGCAUCACUAGAAAGACUUUCAAAGAUUGGCACAUCUAAGCUCCCAGGCCUCUGGGAAGAAAAUUGUUUUUGUGAGAUAUAUUGAAUGAACAUUUUCUCUUCAUAUAUAAUAUCAAUACUACCUAUGGUAUUGGAGUAUACUUAUGUUAAAUGGGCUUUGCAGUUGAUUAAAUGCCUUAACUUUGCUUCAACAUUUAAUCAACUGCAAAAGCUGUUUAUUGCUUGUAUACUCCAGCUCAAUAGAAUAAAAUUUGUUUUUAUAUACAGCCUUUCAUAUUCAGGUUAGUUACUAGUGUAGUGACUCUGUAGGCAAAUAUCGCAGCUAUUAUAUAUUCAGCCAUCGCUCACGAUCCUCUUGGACGUUAGAACCUGUUUUAUUGAGAGAGAGAAAAUGUUGACAUCAUUACAAUGUUGACUAUAGACAUUAUUGCUUAAAUGUAAGCUGUAAAAUGUCUCAUGCCACAAUUCUGAUCAAUCUUUCGUUGGCAUUCCAUUUUGAAACAAAUGUGAAGCAACUGUGAAAAUAAAAGUAGGUAUUUGUUUUAACCAUCAGACCUUCUUUGACUCAUACUGUGCUUUUAGGAUUUUGAAUUAGAGUAUAACUUGCUGUAGAAUAAUUUAGUAGGACAUACUGGGACAGUGCCAAAAGUGAAUGAAAAACAUUACUAGUUUCAGAUUAAUCACUGAUCAGUCAGUAUAAAUAUCUAUUCAGAAAUAAAACAAGUAUGUGCAAACAAGCAAAUAAAAAUCUAUAUCCCCAGCUGUAUCUUAAAGCAUCAGGUCACAAGUAAGAAGUUGAGGCACAGUCCUGCAAGGUGCUGAGCACGCUCUACAUAUUUACUCACUUUAAUAGGAGUAUAGGGUGCUCUGCAUCUAACAGGACUGAAUACUUGAUUUGAGGUAAAAUUGGCCUUACCUUUUGUUAAAUAACCAAACCUAAACCAGGCAGCGAGAGUCCCUGCUGAACAGACUCCGAUCUACCCAGGCUGUAUUGAGAAUCUAGAUGAUGUCUUGGCCAGACGCCCAACACUGGCUGUCCAGAGCUGGCAUCCCCUGGUAAGAUCCCAUCCUCGGACUUUCUACCCAUGCCUAGCAAUGGCGCAACCUAGUAUUGUGGCCUUCUCAUAAGAGUGCCUCGCAUACUUCAAUCCAUUGCAAAGAGCAAACCUCAUCUUGCAUAUGUUAGUAGGGUCAAGCCCUGCUAAGAAGUAUGUGUGAGAGUUGAGGAGAUGGGGCUUUCAUCCAGCUGUUUCUAUGGAUCAUGCUUUAUUAGGAAGACUGACUGGACAUAACCCCCAGCAAACUGGGUCAUAUUGACCAUGGCCAGUCCAAUUAGAUUUCUUUGUAACUGACACCCACUGGAUCAGUCAGAGUCUGAGGUCAGUAAGCCUACCCAGUAAGCCUACCCAGAACAGAUCAUUUGGGUUCAGAGUGGGUGAGUGAAAGUGACAUUCCCCCCAUAAACCAUGUCAGUCCACAGUCUGUGGGCCUGAAGUGGACACACCCACAUGAUUAACUCUGACACAUUCUAGGUGGCUUUAGCCAGUCAUGAAGCCACCCAGGAAUGCUAGAGUUCCGUGAUUGUUGCAUGAGACAGGGAGCAGUGCAAGGCUGUAAUCUCAUCUAGGGUGACCAAAUAGCAAGUGUGAAAAAUCGGGACGGGGGUAGGGGGUAAUAGGAGCCUAUAUAAGAAAAAGACCCAAAAAUCAGGACUGUCCCUAUAAAAUCGGGACAUCUGGUCACCCUAAUCCCAUCAAAUGUUUCUGGUGUGAACCUAAACCAAAAAACCAGGCCUUGAGUAGUGUUCAGUGUCACUAGAUCCCUAAAAUGGAUAUCUGGUCAUAUAUGUACAGACUAUUUCAUUGCGUACAAUGUGGAAUUGCCAUGAAUCCUUCUUUUAAAAAGUCAUGUUUUUUGCUCUCUUUUGAACCCUAUUCAUUACCUCCCUGAAAGGCCUUGCAAUGUCAUGACCAUCCCUCCCACAUACCUAGUAGGGUUAGAUAGGACUCCUCCUUACGUAUGUCAGGCCGGGAGGUAUUCAGGUGCCACUCAAGCCACUGGAAUCUCAAUUUUGCUCCCCUUUGUGGUAGAAAGGUGCACUGCCCAAUCCUUUUAAAAAGUGAAACUGCUGAUCAACAACAGCUUCUUGCAGGAACACACUGCCCAUGGUUGUGCCAGCUGCCAAAACUCACUGUCCCAUGCCCCAGUAGCUCAUCUUUUUAAAUAUAAAAUUAAAGUUCAGUUCCAGUGCAGCCACUUUUGGGAGCCACUGGAAGACUGUCGGACUUUUAAAGUUAAUAUUUUUUUAACAAGUGAACUCCUCAUGAACCAAUGUGAACACUAAAAUGUGAGCCUUAUUGUUAUGUAUAGGUAAUACUUAACCUUGUAAGCAAUUGAACAGUCCUGUUUGAAAGGAUUGGGGUGCUUCCAUGUAUGAUUAUAUGAAUAGUUGUGUAAUUGUUUGUAAAUUAGAUUUGGCUACAUUGCCAUGUCUCUAGCAAUGUGCUUUAAUGUACUAAAAAACACAUAAUAAAUGGCUUUAGUGUACUAAAAACUACAUAAGAAAUGUGCUUUAGUUUACUUCGUUAAGCCAUAUUGUAUUACACUACUCUCAGAAUUGUUAUUUUUUUAUUAGUAGUCACUGAUCUUUGUACUUCAUUUGUAGGAGUAGAAAUUAUAGUUUGUUUCAUUAUUACUGAAUAUUUGGAUGCUGAAAAGAUUGUCAAUUGUUCUUAAUUCCGUAAACUGACAGGUUGUAAAUAGAUGAACAAAGUUAGGUUCUCCUUUAAUAGUUAAUAUCCAUCAGUAAGGGUCUUAAAUUGAAUAAGGUACAUCUGUGAAUUUCUGAGCAAAGAAAAGUGAAACUUCAUGUACUUUACUAAUCUGACCUUUUAUGUGAAUUUUGUAUUUCAAAAGAUACAAUAAAAUUGAAUGUAUCUA